AUGACAAACCAUAAUAUCACUCGAUUCUUAUCUUGCUACAAUUCUAAAUGUGACUUUUACGCUAAACCCGGCGAACUUUUAUUUUCGUACGAUAUCCUGGGCUCUAGUGGGGUUAACUUUACAGCCUACAACGACUAUAAAAUUGUACCAACCACCCGCAAGACUUCAGGAGCUGCGACUAAUUCAAGUAGUUCAACUUUGUGGAAAAUUUUGGUCUCCUUUAUACUCUUGUCCACUUUUAUGAAUCCAGUCCUCGUCAUUGAAAGUAAAGGUGUGUAUAACCUUGACCCGAUCUUGGAUCUCGAUUUAAGUGACUUUAGUAUUAUAGAUUUGGAUAAGCGUGAUAUUACUUACUCUUCGGACGAAGUAUUGGAGUUUCAAAAUAUUGAUUUAUCUGAAGAACAGGAACAGAAAUUAGGUUCAAUUGUGUCUUCCUUACCUGUGGGUAGCAACUAUAGUUAUCUAAAUGGUACGGUCGAAGGUAGGUACUUGGGCUCUUCUGUUGAGACGCCCUCAGAUGGCUUGUCAAAAAGAUUAGAUUGUAUCACUCUGAAUUAUAAAGAGAAAAGGAUAUACAAACGUGGUAAUUGGUGGUCAAGCUGGGAACCUAUAGGUGAUUGUUUAUGUAAUCGUUAUGGUGAUGAAGCCGAAAUUGUUGAUUCCUAUGCGUACACCCGUUCUGCCACUUGGGAAACAGGAGCUGAGCUUUCGUUCGGUCUAAAUUGGAUUAACAGUCACAUGUCCUACAGUGUCUCCAAGUCAUAUACUUAUGGUACAGAAAUGCAUUGUGGAAUUAAAUCUCCAGAUUGGGCUAUUGCUAUUUGGGCACAAACUCGAUAUGUUUGGAUGGACACACAACAACGUAUAAAACAUGUACCGGCUGGGGCGUGUGGUAAUUGGAAGACUACAUACUCCGGAUGGGGAACUACCAGAAGAGUAAAUGUUCCUGUCUCCAAGAAUGGUAAUGACUUUAGGAAGAAGAACGAGGGAUGUAGUAAAAAUGAAAAGGCAGGUUGUGGCUGUUGA